AUGGCGAAGCAAUCAUUCGAGGCCAGGAUGGCCGGCUUGGAAAAAGCCAAAGCGCCGCCAGAACAGAUCUUAGAGGAAGCUGCAAGCAUCCUGGGACUCCAUCUCGAGGCGACCAUUGCACGCUGCUCCACCGAUUCACUAUACACAGCGUUCCCCAACUCUCAUGGUUUCAAGGAGCAAUGGGUCCUGCGAUGGCUUCUGAAGAAGCUUGGUGCCCUGGAGAAAUCAUCGGAUAGACAAAGGAAAGUUGGCGCGUCUCAAAGAAGUUUGAUGGUGUCCCCCAAAUUCUGGUCUCUCCUUCUCAACCUAACUCGUUCAAUACCUAACGAUGUGUGCUCGGAGAUUCUCCUCGAGCGAGACUUCCAGCCGCUGCUGAUCACACUUAUUCGAGAGCUCCUUCGUGUGGAAUGCUCCGAGCUCAGUGCAGUCGCCACCAAGGAUGACGGUGCCGAAGAUGGGAGCCGUCCAGCGAAAAGGACACGAUUGUCACCCGUGUUGACCAGCCAAACCGCAGUGCCCUCCCAAGAGACGUUGCUAUGGUUAGCGUUACAAACAGGAACCCGCUGCGCCAGCUUGUCCAGCACGUCGAACUCUUCACAGAGUGCGGGAAGUCGUACCGCUCUAAUAAAGACCGCCACAUGGAGUGAUCACGCUGCUUUACUGGGCAGCUUGCUCGAGGUGGUGGUAUUCAUCGUGAACAACAGUACGGACGCUCCGGAUCCGGAUCUUAUGUCCGCGUUACUGGAGACUUUACUGUCUUCUUGGGAUGCUGUUGGCCCAACGAUUCGGAAGAAGGGCGAUGGACAGGACCCGGCUUUCUCCUCGCACUGCCUUAUCCCCUGUCUGCAUCUGCUCGACAUCCUGGCCAGACCACAGUCGAGCCAUAGGUCCUUUGUACGAUCGAGACUUGCGCUUGAGCGCCUGAUUGCGCUGCAUGUCGUCUUCCCGCUACGAAUGACAUUUAACGAACAAUUCGCUAAAAAAUGGAGAACCACGACAGACGUUUUGCUUUACGAACAGAUGGAAACCUUGCUGAAGGCCUACAGCGAUCUCCUUCCCUCUGAGAGUGAACGGCCUAAAGGGCUCGAGGCUCAUCCUGCACCAGUCGUCGAGGAACUUUCGUGGAUUAUCCUUGAUGUAGCUGCGCGCUCAAUGCCCAUCUCAGACUUCCGCAGGCGACAGUUAGAACAACCCUUUGUGGACUCGUUAUUCAUUUGGCUUGUUCAUGUCAGCUGGCCUCGCAUCCCCCAUGUUACCUCGACUGGAGUCUUGCAGCAGCCACUUCCCGUCGGCCCAGCUUCCGGGCUUCAGGAUAAAUGGGCACCAUCCUUGGAACGUCUAGUCGAAGUCGCCCACACGAGAAAGCUGCACGUCAGCCUGCGGAUAAUUGUUUACGUUCUACACACCGUGUUGGCAACACACACGGAAUCGGCUCAUUGGAGCCUCUUGGUCAAGAUUAUUCAAUUGGAUCUGAAUAUCUUGGUACCCCAUUCUGGUCUGUCCACUUCCGCGGGCUUCCUGGAGCAAGUACUGGACCGAAUCGAGUCAAGCACAGUCUCUCAGAGUACUUAUGUUCUGCUGCGGGAUGAUAUUAUUCGCCCCCUGCUCCGCAGCUUUGCCCGCUCAAGGGACCUGGACGGUUUUGUCGCUAGCUGGCAACGGAUGCUCGCGGAGGCAAUAAGAGUCCGUUACACCUCGAGACAUGAUCAAAAAGACAUCCCCGCUGUGUUGGUCUGGGAAGACGAGGACGUCUUCGACGAAUUCAAACCACUUAUCACUGUUUAUGCGCCACCCAAUAUGGGUCAGCGGAUGCUGGAAAGUUUGAUUGAGCCCGUCGAAAAGCUCGGCCACAAAGUUGGGUCCACGGCAGAAGUCUGUGCGAGACUGGCCAUCUUCUGCGCCGUCGUGGAAAGCAUGUCUUCCGAGACCAACAACAUGAGGUUCGGCCACGAACAAUUGGUGCUUCUAUUUCUCGGGGCACUAAAUGCUUUGUCUCGAAAUACCGACUAUCAAGGUCAACGCUGGAGAUUAAGGAGACUGAUUGGACUCCUCAUGCACCGUAUAGAUGGCAAGGCCCUACCCAUUGAGACUGACUCUCUGCUGAACUCUACCCAUCACUUCGUUUCUCUAAAGGACCUUCGGCCGUUCGAUAAGAUUGAUACUGGCGAUCAGGCUGCCAAGUAUCUCGAAUAUCGUGAAUGCUUUUUUCUCCUUGUCCAACUGGCUGCAAAAUCGAAGCAAUAUCAACCAAAACUGGAAGCAGAGGUUGGUCGCUUGGCAGAUCUACUGCAGGGCCUGGAUCAACAUCGCGAGACCCUGUGGGAUGGGCGUAGUGCCACAUGCAACAGCGUUCGCGAAUUGGUGGCUGCAUGUGUCGGCAACUUGCUACAAAGACCUGAUAUUUUCUCCAUGUACCCCGAAAGCUUCAAGGAUUUCGUUGAGGCCUGCCUAGAGAACAUUUUUCGACCUCUGCCACAAGAUUCUGAUGUCGAUUCUCCACGGGACUUGCAUGGUCUGUUGCUGGCCGUGCUGGAAGUUGAGGACAUUUCCCGGAAUCCUGUUCUACGACAGCUGGUUUUCGAGCACGUUGACAAGAACCUACAGUCGAUAAACAGAAGCAGAAAAAUUUGCACGAGACUUCUGCAAUGCCUCUCGACGGAGACCAUGAGCAAGCCAGUAAUAAAGAGCUUUGUGGCUUCAACGCUCUGUCGCCUUUUUGAAGAGUGUAAGCAGCCGAAGAUUGAAGCUAUUUCGGAUGAUUUGUGCCUCUUAGCUUGGUUGGACUCGGCAUUCCCAGGUGCAUUAAUUGACUACAAAGAUUGGCAAAAGUGGAUUGACUUCGCUGCGUCUGUGCUCCAAUGGAACGUUGGAGAGUCCUCGGGAUUGAAGGUGACGAACAAUCAGAAAUACGUGUCACUCUAUUUGACAGCUUCACGCAUCUUGGACCGGAUCUUCCACUCAAUCUCGACACGAACCCUGACCGUCUCGAAACGCUCUGCGAAGGAGAUUCUCGCUUACAUGGUGGCAACAGUCCAGAAUCUAGAGGCUCACGGUGACGACUCGGUGUCGCUAUCCUGCUUGCGCAUCUUUCUUGACUUCGCCUAUCGAUUGGGCAGCGCACUGGACAGCGGUGACCAACGCAAGGAUGUUGAGUUCUUGCAAACAAUUCUGGCAAGGCGUGUGAAAGAGGAAUCUGACAAAGCUCUUCCCGAUGCAUCCAAUCCUGGAAAUCUCCUGAGGCUGCACCUAAUUGUUGACACACUCCAAUCUCUUGAUCAAGGCGGCUUAACAGUUGAGUCACGGAACAUUGCGUCGGUUAUCCGGGGAAAGCUCGUGCAUGCAGGAACAAUUCCUAAGGGGGAAUGUGCUGUCAUGCAAAAUCGGCGAGUGGAGCUCUCCCUUCGACGUCAGUGCAUCAAAUCCACAGUGAUGCCCGAUGAACAACAUGCCCAAGAGCUGGCCUCGUUAACCACGUCUGUGGACAACUACUAUACCAACGAGGACGCCGCAGUUCUUGCUGCCGAGGCAGAUGUAUUGGUUUGCCAACUUGAACCAGCCACCUGGCCUACAACGCUGGAGUAUCUUCAAAAGAAGAGCGAGCAAGUGAAAUAUCAGCCAGCAUGUGCCUUUUUCGUGGCAUGCAUCUUAGGGCGUAUCAAGAUGCAACACAUGCUGCAAUCCCCGGCGUUGGUUCAGGCCCUUGCGGAGGUUGUGUGUAUGACCACAACGACUACGCGACUGAGCACUGGCGGGCUACUUCUUGCCUUAGAAAACAGCAAAAGUGCACUCGAGCUCCAUCCCCUAGUGGUGAAUCAAUCGGUUCUAGAUCGAUUGCUUGCAUCCAUACACGCCCUCGCUUCUGCCGGACCCGAAGGUCCGCGAUCGCUGCGGACCAGAGAUCCAGAGACAGAUCCCGGACCAGGCGACAUCUAUCAAAGGGUAUGUGGGGUCAUUGGAGCUAUACUUGGAAGACACCGGAGACGCCUCACUGAUCGUUAUCAUCUGUUGCUUCCGAUAAUGCAAAGCCUUCUACGAUGUCUAUUCUGGCCCGGUCGUAAAGCGCUUGAAAGUCAACGAGGUGCAGCUGCGAAUGCUAUCAAGUCCUUCGGCAAGUCGCUGCCCAUUUGGGUGCAUGAAUCUGAAGAACCCCUGCCGCUAUCAUCGGCAGCACAGUUUGCUCGUCUACUGUCGUCAGUCUCCAAUCCCACCGUGUCAGCCGCACGAUCGUCAAAUAAAGGUGGCCACAACGAGCUGAAUGAUGCAGUGAACAGAGCGCGGAAAUUGGCAGGACAGCACAUGCAGUAUCUUGUCAUGGAGUACUGUCGAUGUGUUCUUGAUGGGCAAAUCACGCCGUCGAUGAAGGAUCAUUUGAUGCCCGGCAUGUACAGGGUCAUGGACGCUCUCGACAGAGACGUCAUGAGGGCCAUGAAUGCAGGGAUGGAUCCAAGCAGCAGGACUAUAUUCAAGGGGCUCUAUGACAGUUGGGUGCGAUUUGGCAAAUGGGACAAGAGUUAG